AUGCACCCAAACAUAUUCACGGCCACUGCAAAACAUGUCACGAAGCUAACAGACAAGGCUAAGGCAGCAAUCAAAGACAGGCUCAAAGCUGUUGGCCCAUCCAAGAAGCAGAAGGCAGAUCCCAAGAGUGCGAGUGUCGCCUUGAACCACCCGAAGAAGACAAAACAAAACCCUCCCACUGGUACACCUGAAGAUUCACCAAGCUCCAAGGAUUUGACAUCUCCACCCAACGUGGGAACAGCCCCGGAACCUGGCAAGAGCUGUUGUGCUGUUGUUUGGACUGAGGAAGAGGAAGCAGCACUAUAUGACGAUGACAUUGUUGCUGAUGAGAGCGAACACAACGAGUUGCACAACCCAAGUCCGAGUCCAAGUCCAGCUCCAGAGAGUGCUGAGGACAAGCAAAAACGGCUCAUGAAGGAAUGGGGUAUCACCUGUUUAUGCAUUUUUUGA